GGGCUUUGCUAGCGCCGCAGUGACCCCUUCACUCACACGUGGGGUCUCGAUGCUGUAUAAAGGAUCACAGGUCUGUACAAAAUGGCAGGAUUGAUUAAUUUUGAAGACGAAAACGAAGUGAAAGAGUUCCUAGACAAUUUGGGAGUGGAGUAUAGCUAUCAGUGCUACAAGGAGAAAGACCCUGAAGGUUGUCAGAGGUUGUCAGAUUACUUGGAGGGCGUGAAGAAGAACUACAGUCAGGCUGCUCAGGUUCUCAAGCACAACUGCGAGAAUUACAGUCACAGCGAGAGCUGCUACAAGCUCGGGGCCUACCAUGUCACAGGCAAAGGUGGGGUGACCGAGUGCCUCAAGAGUGGCUAUGCCUGCUUUGUGAAGGCAUGUAAUGCCAAAGGAAAGAAAUCAGUGGAUGCUUGCCACAAUGUUGGCUUGCUUGCCCAUGACGGUCGAGCCUUAGAGGGUGGUCCAGACCCUGUUGCUGCUCGUCAGUACUAUAAGAAAGCCUGUAAAGGAGGAUUUGCACCUAGCUGUUUCAAUUUGAGUGCUCUGUACAUCCAGGGCUCAGCAGAAGUGAACCAAAACAUGUCUAAGGCCUUAAAGUAUGCGGUACGGUCCUGCGAUUUGGGCCACGUUUGGGGCUGCGCCAAUGCCAGCCGCAUGUACAAACUGGGCGAUGGUACGAAGAAAGAUGAGCAGAAAGCAGAGGAGCUGAAAAACAGAGCAAAAGAACUACACGGACAACAGAAAGAGCAGCAACUGAAGUUCGGAGAGUGAGGGAGAGAUAAUAUGCCUGAUGUUCUCUGUCUUGUACAGCCUGCUUUACAAGCUGUAGGAACGUGUGAGUGCUGUAUCUGCAUAAUGGUUAUGAUGGGGCCUGAUUAAGAAAUCUGCCUUUGUAUUUGAUUAGUUUUUGGUUUCAAACAAACAAAUGAUCUCUGUAUGCAUCUACAUAUGUUGACAUUUGUAAAUCAUUUUAUAAAACAUAAAGCAUUUGA